AUGGCCGUGGCCAUGAACCUCCGACCAACGGACAUGGUAGAACUCCUCGCGGAUACUUUCACUAAAGUUCCGCUGGUACCGACAGUGGGACCACCCCCCGAGAAUUGGGACAAGUUCCGUCAUCCCACGGCACCUCUGAUGCAACAACCGGACACCGACUUUACUCUGCACGAGCUGCAUGAACGCACCAUGUGUGUAAAGGCAGGCAACGCGGUGAGCAACCCCCGGAAAAUCAUCCGAGGAGUUCCCCAAGGGAGCGUUGUUAGCCCGCUACUCUUUGCUCUGGCCAUCGCGUCACUCCCAGCGGCGGCAAGGGUUGGAGAAGAGCCGGAGUACCCUAUCAGCAUGGCCGUCUAUGCCGACGACGUGGCACUCUGGUCCACUGCCCCCAGCUACAGAAGGCAACGUAUGGUAUGCGCUCUCCAGCGAGCCCUGACAAAUGCAGUGUAUCGUCUCCACCAACUGGGCUUGGCAAUAUCAGCCGAAAAAACGAUUGCGCUGUGCUACGCUCCAAAGAGGCCAAGCAAGUUCAUGCCCACACUAUGCAUUGGGGACACUCCGGUGAAACUGGCGAAAACGGCCACGUAUCUUGGCGUCACGUUGGACUCAAGGCUAUCCUGGGGCCCAGCAAUGAGGGAAGUUCUUCAAAAGAUGCGAACCCAUACAAACAUCCUCCGGAUGCUCGGCGGAACUACUUGGGGAACCUCACCUCACAUGAUGCUGCAACUGUAUAGGGGGCUCAUCCUGGCCCGCCCAUUGUACGCCCUACCUUUCGCCACACUGAGUGCCAACCAGCUCAAAAACCUUGAACAAGCGCAACGCGUGGCACUCAGGAUUUGCCUCGGAGUUCCCCGCACAGCCUCGUCUCGACAUACGCUCACAGAAUCCAGGAUUAACUCUGUAGAGAACAUCAUGCAAGAACGGGCGCUGGGUCAUCUGACUCGAAUGAGCAACUGCGACUCGACCAUCACGCUCCUAAUGAGGAUCGCCGAGCGCGCUGAAUCAAGACUUGGAGCGCACCUCUGCACUCUUGGUGACAUAGCUGGCACACCAGGACCACUCGCUCCACUCCCAGAGCUGCACAAAGAUCCCCACCCCCUGCGGAUCAGCCUACAUAUCCCUGGACUGCGGUCCAAGAAGAACGUAGCAGUGGUCGUAGCAAGGCAGCUCACGGAAGACCACUUAGUUACCCAGUACGAUGGGUGGACCCGAGUGUACACCGACGGAUCGGUGGACCCCUCCGGAGGCACAGCAACAGCAGCGGCUUUCUUCGAGGCAGCAGCUGUGGGUACCAGUGAGCGCCUGGAUCACCAGGCAUCCUCCACCACGGCAGAGCUAGCAGCCAUACGGCUCGCCCUCUGGGGUAUUCGGACAGGCUGCACACAGGCUUUACGCUGGGUCAUCCUGAGCGACUCAAGAUCAGCCCUCGAGCUGCUAUCUAAGCUCGAACGGGCAACGCCCCUGGCCCGUUCAAUCGCGCAGGAUGCGGUCGAGCUUCAGCAAGAAGGCAACAACAUUGCCUUCCAAUGGCUCCCGAGCCACUGUGGCAUUAGAGGCAAUGAAGUCGUUGAUUUUCUAGCGGUGCGGGCUCACAAGGACCCCGAGUGCCCGCUUUCAACCGUUCCCCGCUUCUCAGACGCAAAACUCCUUGUGAGAAGAGCCAUCGCCCUACAGCACCCGGACCCCGUAGUGGUGGCGGGUGCCUUCCCAGCUCGGGUACCGCGCAGCUUCGACCGCCAAACUGCCGCAGUAAUGCACAGAUUACGGACCGGAAGCGCCUUCACCCCGGCGUGGAUAAGUCGCUUCAGACUCAGUGUUUAA